ACUAUUGGGAAAAUGGCGGUGGCGUGCUUAAGGGUGGUAGGGGUGGGAGGAGACAAUGAGUUUAGCAUGUCACUUAUGGAACUUGUUUUCGCCGUUCCCUAUAGGGAAGCCAUUUUCUUGACCUUUAACGAAUUUGUCUUCCUUGAAAAAAAUGUUAAUGUCUUGACCGAACCAAAUAUGGUAAAUAUUUCCUCCAUUCCAAACAGUUAACUUUUGAAGCUUGUGGUAAUGUUGCAGUCAUCGACCUAUGACGUACAAAAUAUAUUGAAAUGCAUACUGUUAUUCUUUUACUCUCUUAAGCCGGUGAACUAAUCAUUUUUUUAGUCUAUAGGAGAUGGAUUUUCCUCUUUGGGAUCAGCCUGAAGAUCAAGAUGAAAGCAGUUAUCCAACUUACUGGCAGUAUAACUUCUAUUUCGACCCGAGGCUUGAUGUGAUCGAGCAAGAAGCUUUAAACGAGAAAUCAUGUCGGCAAGUGCUAAAGAUACAGAACAAAGAGGAAAAUGUAGAACUCGAAGAUGACUGUGAAGAUCAUAUAAGUUUUGCUGAAUUGAAUGCAAAGAUUGCUAACCUGGAUGGUAAGCUAGAGGCUUCAAAGAAUGACAAUCAGCAGCCUGCAGAACCUGGUGUUGGAAGUUCAAAUCUGCCCGAAGAUCUUAACAAAACGGAAGCAAUAGGCGAUCAUGUUGGAAGUUCAAAUCCGCCUGAAGAUCUUAACAAAAAGGAGGCAAUAGGCGAUCACAACUCAAAGGAUAUCGAAACUGUAAAAUUUCAGGGUGGUUGCCGUUGCAGUGCCAGGCUCAGUAAUACAAUCUUGGCAUCUCUGCCUCAAGUUAGAUAUCAGCAACAAACACCUGCAGGAACAACUCUGAAGGACAAACAUGUUUUAGAACAAGAAACCAAAGGACUAAAGGCUGUUCAGAAUAAUGAUCCAUCUGGUGGAAUGAAGGGACAAGAAGUGGCGCGUACUGGAACUGAUCGUACUGUAGAGGAGGCAUGGCCACGUCUAUUAAGUUUUAAAGGGAAAGAAAAAAUCAAGCCGCAGAAAACAAAGAGGGGAGGCGACGACUAUGUGUACAAAACCAUCGAGGGAACUCAACAACUGGCCGGAGCCAAAAGAGCUGGCGAUUUUGCAGGAAUUAGUGCGACUUCUCGCACUUACCACUUCAGAAAGAGAAGCGAAACAAGUUUCCGUGGACCGGUCAUCCAAGGGAAUAACAAUCAGAGGGGCGUUCAAAAUGUGUUGGUAAGAUCACAUGGCGGAACAAGUCAAGAGCCUCGGAACAUUUCCGGCGUUCCUAAUGUUGCAGCAGUUUCUCCCAUGCCAUCUACUCUCCCACCACCUCGCAAAGUAUGUCUCGAAAGCAUGACAGUGCUUCAACUCAGGGCCUUUGCAAAUCAACACAAAAUAUAUGGGGUUUCUGUAACUCGCAAGGCGGAGCUGCAACAGCUGCUUCGCUCUAAGCUGCCACCUGUAUAUUGGUCCUGAAAAGGAAUAUCUGUAUUCUUUUAAUUUUCAGUCUUGUAUGACAUAUAUAUAUAUAGGAUGCUUUCAGAAUUCUUGUGUAAAGGAGAAUAGGAAUAAAUAGAGCUCUGUAUGUUAAAGCAUAACCAAAUGAGAUGCAAGAGCUUCAAUGUAUAGCUGCAGGCUAAGAUAGGUCAUGACAGCAAUUGUAUA